AUUAAACUGAGGGGUUUUCUGGCUCUGAUUUUACGGUGUUUCCUCCGACGAAUAUUAUAAUCAAAUUCAAAGGAAGCCUUGUUCCUCUUCCCGUCGAUUCGUCUCCCAUGGCGGACCCGAACCCUAGGCCCUUGCAGUUGUUCGUGAGGCUACUCGACGGUAGAUCGACAACCCUAACCUUCCCCUCUCCCCAAGCGUAUGGCCACCAGAUCAAGCGACGGAUCUUUGAACUCACGAGGAUUCCAACAAAUCUUCAGCGUCUUAUAUGCGGCGGAUAUCAGAUCCCCGACUCCGGCGAGGUUUCGCUUCCGGACUCCACCGUUAAUCUCGUCCUCUCUCUCCGGGGAGGCAAGGGAGGGUUCGGUUCACUGCUUCGUGGCGCCGCUACAAAGGCUGGGCAGAAGAAGACCAACAACUUCGACGCGUGUAGGGAUAUGAGUGGGCGGAGGCUGAGGCAUGUUAACGCGGAGAAGAGGCUGGAGGAGUGGCAGGCGGAGGAGGAGGAGAGGAAGCUCGAGAAAUUGGCGCAGGAGUUCCUGAAGAAGCAGGCGAAGAAGGGGAAGCAAGGCGUGGGAGACAGAGAGGCGCAGAAGUAUGUGGAGAAGUACAGGAAAGAAUCUGAUAAGUGCAUCGAGGCGGUGGAGAUGGCGCUCAAAGAAUCUUUCCAGAACGGGAAGAGGAAGGAGAAUAUGAACGCAGAUUCAGAGAAGUCGAAGCGAUUGAAGAUAUGGAUGGGAAAGAGAGUUAUGGGAGAUAGUGACAGUGAUGAUAGCAGCGACGAGGAAGGCGAUGAGAAAUCCGUUGUUCUAGACAACGGUAGCCAAGUGGUCUCGGAUAAGGAUACAGAGGGGAGCUUGGGCUUGGUUAUUGGUGGAGGCCAGGACAGGGAUUCCUCUGGUAGAGCUUCGUGUGAGAGUGGUUCUGAGGAAGAAAAAGACAGUGUUGGCCACCAAAUUUCAGAUGUACCAAUGGCGGAGAGCGCUGGUGUGGAACCUGAGAUUAUCAAGGAAAAGCUGGAAAAUGCAUCAGUGGUUACUGAUGGGGAAGCAGGUCAAGCUGAAAAGGAGGUGGAUUUGAGUGGAGACAAGAGCAAGGGCCCACUGGCAGUUGCUCCCCAACCCUCGAAGCCAUCGAGUUUGGUGAAUGGUGAAGCCGUCAAGGAAACCAACUCUGUUGAUGGGAAGGGUGAUCAAUCUGACAAGAAGCCGAUUAGCUUUGAUGACUUCAGUUCAGCAGCAGACAUGGAGGUCCUGGGGAUGGAGAGAUUGAAAAGAGAGCUGCAGGAGAGGGGGAUGAAAUGCGGAGGGACCCUGCAAGAGCGAGCGGCCAGGCUUUUUCUCCUGAAAUCAACACCUCUUCACCAAAUCCCCAAGAAAUUACUUGCCAGCAACAAGAAAUGAGCAACAUUCAUUCAUGCGGAAUUCUUCCCCUCUUCCUCUUCUUGGACAUUUCGACUGUGCCUCCUACUUUUGUAGGCUUUUCCCUCUUUUCCUUUUUUGGGUACCAAAGGAAGUACCAAAAAAAAAACUAACACUGUUCUUGUUUAUGGCACGAGGAGGAAAAAAAACAAAGCAAAACAAAUGGGCAUAAAAUCGGAUGCCAUAUGUCUCACUCUCACUGUCUGUGUUGAAGAAUGAACCAGUUAGCAGCUUUGGCAGUAGACCAGACCUCUCCCAA